AUGUCUGUCCCCGCACCUCAAGGUUUCGAGAAUCCCGACGGGGUGUACACCACCUUUGACGCCCAAAGGUCGCAACCUCAACCACAACAACGUCCCGCCCCGCAGCCUCAGCCUCAGCCCUCGUCGCAGCCUGUGGCUGGACCGAGCAACUACAAUGGGCAAUUUGCCAUCCCCUCGUACAACCACAAUCCGCCACAACCCCAGCAUCCGGUUCCAUUGCAUCUCCAGCCGUCGCCGUAUGCGUUGUCGUCAGGGAACAUGGUACCAAGCUAUCACCAGGGCGUGAACGUGGCUUAUCAGGGAGGAGGCGGGGGUUACGGGGGGUCGAAUUAUCAUUUCGGGGGAAUGUCGGGGGUACCGCCGCCUAUGCCUGCUGUACCGGGCGAAGACAAGUCGGGGGAUGGUGAAUCAGAUGCCGCGACGGUAAAACAUCGACGACGAACGACGCCGGAUCAACUCAAGGUGUUGGAGUUUUGGUUCGAGAUCAAUCCGAAGCCGGAUAACCAGUUGAGAGAGCAGUUGGCGGCGCAGUUGGGCAUGACAAAGAGGAAUGUCCAGGUUUGGUUCCAGAAUCGGCGAGCAAAGGUGAAGGGUAUCGCUAAGAAAGAGGCUGAAGGCAACAAGAAUGGCUCUUCCGGCGACCUCUCCUCCAGCCAUACCCCUCAAGACCACUCUUACGUCGACCCCCACUACCCCUCAUUCCUCCAACCCAACCCGUCUCACUCUUUACCCAUGGGUCGUCGAGCCUCGCUCGCCAACGGCGAAGCAGCCAAGAUCGAGAUGUUUGUCGCCAAGCGAGCUGCGGCACAGAAGCAAGAGGAGGUGCUGAGUCAUGUCAAGUCGAAUUCGGGAUCGGGCCACGGGCUGGGAGCUUCGACGGGGACGACGGGGUCGGGGACGGAUAUGGGCCAGGCGAAUGCGGCGCGGAGGGGUAGUAUCCCUUAUCCUUCGCCGGUGACGUCGUUCCCCCCACCGCCUCCACCUCAACAACUCCCAACGCCGAUGAGCCCCAAGUUUUCCCCCGCCACAAGGGCAGGGCCAUCAGCGCUCCAUAUCGCUGCCAUCCGCAACAACACCCGUCGAGCGAGUAUGCCUGGUGCGCCGCAGCUUAUCUCGAGUGGGCCGUUCACGCCGCCGAGGGUGGUGGGUGCGCAGGUGCCCGGGGCGGUGGUGGGAGGGAGGGCGAGAGAGUUGAGCCCGAUUAGGGAUCAUGAGGUUUAUGGCGAGUCGGAGAGCUGGGGGUUCUUGCCGCCUCCUGCCGAGUAUGACGCCCCGACUUUCUUGGAUGAUUCGCCCCUUCCCAAUCCGACAUUCUCCUUUGGCUCUGCGCCGAGUAACCCGCCCCCGCUGCCCCCGCUCCAACACCAUUCCUCUUCGCAAUCUCAUGAAGAGGCGCAGAGGCAGCAGCAGAUGUUUAUGAUGAUGCAGCAGCGGGGCAGGUUGGGGAGUAUGGCGUCGAUAGGGACGAUGGGGACGGAGAAUGGGACGACGGAUGGGGAGGACUCGAGUGGGGAGUGGUUGGUGGAUGCGUUGCCGGAAGGGUUUGAGCCGGAUGCGAGGAGAGCUUCUGCUCCGGCGGAUCUGCUACAUCAGAUUGGGAUUAUGGGUCUGACGCCGAAUGUUGCCGGUUUGAACGGCAUGAGCGGUCCCGUUCGCCCUUCGCCUCUCAACACACAUUUCACCCCCGACUCUUACCACCCCUACACCCCCCACUCUGCCUCCUCCACAUCCACCUACCCCAUGUCGCAUCCCGGCUCCGACUCGAUGUCGAACGAAAGUCCCACCCUUGCGCACUUUGGCAAGGAUGUGCACUCGCAGGGCCAUCUUUUCCGGCAUGCGCAGCCGCAUGGGCAUCAUCAGUAUGGGCAACAGCAUUCGUUUGAUGGGUUUGAGCAGUGGGAUGCGUCGGGUGGGGCUUUGGGUCAGCGAGCGGGGACGUUGGGCGGCGGCGGCGGAGCGAGACAAGGGCAGAUGCCGCCUCUUCCUGCUGCCGACUAUCAUGUCAACCUGCUGCCGCAUGGGCAAGAGAGCCAUCUUGGGAGUGGGAGUGGGGAGAGCGAGGAGGGAAAGGAUGAUCUCCUCUAUCUGACGGACUUUGGAGGAGGGUCGCAUGAUGCUGUGAAUGUGCUGGUAUAG